GCCGGGGCCUCCCUCUUCUCCGGGUUGGUUUGGCUGCCGCCUGUCUGCCCGGCGUUCGCGGCCCCAUCGGCCCGACCCCUAAGCCUCGACUCCCAGUCCAGGCCGUGGCCGCCGGCGGGGCUGGGGAGAGUGAGGCGCCAUGCCUCGGCCUUGAUGCGCGCCGUCCUCUCCUCUCUGCGUCGUCAGCCCUCAGUCCUUAGCCUCCUCCCUCCGCUUUGAGCAGUCGCCGUUCAGCUCUCGGCUUGGCGCUGCUCUCGACCCCGACCAGCCCCUUCCCACCCGGAGAGCCGCUGCCGUCAUGUCCCAGCCGGGGGUUCCCGCCUCCGGCGCCGCCCCGACCGGCCUGCAGGCACGGAACGGGGCCGCCUCGGCCUCGGGGUCUCCCUACGCCAACGGUCCUGUCCAGAAUGCACUGAUGUCUUCACAAGUGUCAGCGAAUCAAGGAUAUAACUCCCAGCUUCCAGGAUCCUACCCUCACCUGAUACCAGCAAAGACUCUGAAUCCAGUCUCUGGACAGUCUAACUAUGGUGGUUCUCAGGGAUCUGGGCAGACUUUUAAUAGACCACCUGUGGCUUCUCAUCCAGUGACACCCUCACGCCAUAGUGGUCCUGUUCCCCGAAUGCCACUUCCAGCUUCUCAGAACCCAGCUGCUACACCAAUGCCUUCUGGAAGCUUUCUUCCUGGAGCCAACUUGCCACCACCCUUGAACUGGCAGUAUAACUAUCCAUCCGCAGGAUCACAGACAAACCAUUGUCCUCGUACGUCGUCCCAACUAACUGUAUCGGAGAAUACAAACUUAACAACAAAUCAUCAGUAUGCUUCUUCUGGGGAUCCUUCACUUCAAAACAGCUUCACAAAAUCAGGUUAUGCAGCUCCCUUACCAAAUCCACCUCUGCCUACCACUUUUCAACCAGGAGCUCCUUAUGGACCCCCUCCUCCAACUGGAGGCCCUCCUCCAGUACGGGUACCCCAGAAAUCAUUACAGGGAGCUGUACCCCAGCCUUCGUUUAAUUCAGCUGUCAACCAAGAAGGUAUUACAUCAGAUACUAAUAAUGGAGCAACGAUGGUCCACAGUAGUUAUGAUGAAAUCGAAGGAGGUGGCUUCUUGGCAACACCACAGCUUACAAAUAAAAAUCCCAAAAUGAGCCGAAGUGUUGGAUAUUCAUAUCCCUCCUUACCACCUGGUUAUCAGAACACAACGCCGCCCAAUGCAACUGGAAUCCCAUCUUCUUCCUUGAAUUACCCAAGUGGGCCACAGGCCUUUACUCAGUCUCCCUUAGGUGCUAAUCAUUUAACUGCAAGCAUGAGUGGAUUAAGUCUACAUCCAGAGGGUCUAAGAGUUGUCAAUCUUCUUCAAGAAAGGAACAUGCUUCCCCCAACACCUUUGCGGCCUCCGGUUCCGAAUUUGCAUGAAGACAUCCAGAAACUCAACUGUAGCCCAGAGUUGUUCCGAUGCACGCUGACGAGCAUCCCUCAGACGCAGGCCUUACUGAAUAAAGCCAAACUUCCCCUGGGGCUGCUGCUUCACCCUUUCAAGGACCUAGUGCAAUUGCCUGUGGUUACCUCCAGUACAAUUGUGAGAUGCCGUUCAUGCCGGACGUACAUCAACCCCUUUGUCAGCUUUCUUGAUCACAGGAGAUGGAAGUGUAAUUUAUGUUACCGAGUCAAUGAUGUUCCUGAAGAAUUCAUGUACAACCCUUUGACCAGAGUCUAUGGAGAACCUCAUAGAAGACCUGAAGUUCAGAAUGCUACUAUUGAAUUUAUGGCUCCUUCAGAAUACAUGUUACGGCCGCCUCAACCUCCAGUGUACCUUUUUGUGUUUGAUGUGUCUCACAAUGCAGUUGAAACUGGAUACUUGAAUUCAGUUUGCCAGAGUUUGUUAGACAAUCUGGACUUACUUCCUGGCAACACUAGAACAAAAAUUGGCUUCAUAACAUUUGACAGUACAAUUCAUUUCUACAGUCUCCAAGAAGGUCUCUCCCAACCGCAGAUGCUAAUAGUUUCAGAUAUUGAAGAUGUUUUCAUACCUAUGCCAGAGAACUUACUAGUCAAUUUAAAUGAAAGUAAAGAGCUCGUCCAAGAUUUACUGAAGACUUUGCCACAAAUGUUUACCAAGACACUGGAGACCCAGAGUGCCUUGGGUCCUGCGCUUCAGGCUGCUUUUAAGCUGAUGUCCCCAACUGGAGGUCGAAUGUCUGUUUUUCAAACACAACUCCCAACUCUUGGAGUGGGAGCCCUGAAACCACGAGAGGAACCCAACCAAAGAUCAUCUGCUAAGGAAAUACACCUAACGCCAUCCACUGACUUCUAUAAGAAAUUAGCCUUGGAUUGCUCUGGUCAGCAGGUAGCUGUUGACUUAUUCCUUCUCAGUGGGCAGUACUCUGAUUUGGCUUCUCUGGGCUGUAUAUCUCGCUAUUCAGCGGGUAGUGUGUAUUACUAUCCCUCUUACCAUCAUCAGCACAACCCAGUACAAGUACAGAAGUUACAGAAGGAGCUACAGAGAUACCUCACGCGGAAGAUUGGCUUUGAGGCUGUCAUGAGGAUUCGGUGCACCAAAGGUCUUUCCAUUCAUACUUUCCAUGGGAACUUCUUUGUUCGGUCAACAGACUUACUGUCUUUGCCCAAUGUCAACCCAGACGCCGGCUAUGCAGUGCAGAUGUCUGUGGAAGAGAGUCUUACUGACACUCAGCUGGUUUCUUUUCAGUCAGCACUCUUGUAUACAUCCAGUAAAGGUGAAAGACGAAUUCGUGUCCAUACUUUGUGUUUGCCUGUGGUUUCUACUUUGAAUGAAGUCUUUCUUGGAGCUGAUGUUCAAGCAAUUUCAGGGUUAUUGGCAAAUAUGGCUGUUGACCGAUCCGUGACUGCAAGUCUGAGUGACGCUCGAGAUGCUCUGGUGAACGCCGUCAUUGACUCUCUUUCUGCCUACCGUGCCUCGGUCCUGAGUAACCAGCAGCCUGGACUCAUGGUUCCUUUUUCUUUGCGACUCUUCCCACUUUUUGUGUUGGCUCUCCUUAAACAGAAAUCAUUCCAGACUGGGACAAAUGCACGUCUUGAUGAACGUAUUUUUGCGAUGUGUCAAGUGAAAAAUCAACCUUUGGUUUACCUUAUGCUCACAACGCAUCCCAGUUUGUAUAGAGUCGACAAUCUCUCAGAUGAGGGAGCCCUCAGCAUCAGCGAUAGAACCAUACCGCAGCCCCCUCUUCUUCAGCUGUCAGUGGAAAAGCUGAGCAGGGAUGGCGCCUUCCUCAUGGAUGCAGGCUCGGUACUGAUGCUUUGGAUUGGAAAAAAUUGUGCACAGAGUUUUCUCACCCAAGUUCUAGGAGUUCAGAACUAUGCAUCAAUUCCACAGAUUAUGACUGACCUUCCAGAACUUGAUACACCGGAAUCUGCCAGAAUAAUAGCUUUCAUCUCUUGGCUUAGAGAUCAGAGACCAUUCUUCCCAGUACUUUAUGUAAUAAGGGAUGAGAGUCCAAUGAAAGCAAACUUUCUUCAAAACAUGGUAGAAGACAGAACAGAAUCUGCAUUGUCUUACUAUGAAUUCCUUUUGCAUAUACAGCAGCAGGUGAAUAAAUGAACAAAUGAAGGAAUAUGACUUUGUUAUUUCUAAGGAAAGUCACAAUAAUGCAAAAUGCCUGGGAAUGUGUAAUACCUUCCUUUUCUAUAAGUUUGUGGACUGAUGUGAUAAUUAAAAUGUUCUCACUGUGAUUUCAACAAACUAUAGCAAAUAAAGGACCACAGCAGAGAAUCUAAACAUGCAACUCUGAAAUACUGUAUUUUUCAAAACAAAAUAUAUCUACAUAUGAUUGGAUACCUUUUUUUCUUUGCUGCCAAUUAUGUUUGAGUUAUCAUGGAUGGAGAUAAGACAAUAUUGCAGAGGCAAACUACAUUUUGUAAAAUAAAGACUUCUAUGUCUACAUGUAUAUUUCUCAUUUUUUAUUUUUAUGAAUUUUUGGCUGCUACGUUUAAAACCUCACUACAUAAGUGUUGCAGGGAAGUUUCAAAUUCAUCGACAAUGAUCUUUUUAAAAUAAAAUUCAGAAGUAAAUAGAAUCUAGAAAACUAGAAUUUAUUCCCCAUCCAUGUUUUCUUUUUUUUAAGGAAGGAAAAGGAUCAUCAUGUAACUAAAUCUAGAAUAAACUAACUAGCUUUAGAGGACUGUGAAGUAACGCAUUCAAGCUUUAACGUCUGUCAGUAUUCUCUUUUCUUAAGAACAAAGUCACUUUGAUUUGAAGUGAAAACGAAAACUAGGCAGUUUUCUGACUUGACAGAAGAAGACUUGGACAUACUUACUCUGCAGUGCAAAGAGUUUGAGCUGUCUUCAUAAUUGUGCUGGGGCUGGCAAUGAUAACAGGAAGAUGAGAAACUUCAUCUUGAUCCUUUAACUGGGUUUUUAUUUGAUACAUUUCCACUCUGUGUUGUAUAAUAAAAAUGUUAUUUUGGAUGAAAUGGAGAUGAAAGAAGUUAAAGGUUUCACAGAUGUAGCAAAUCAACUGUAUCAGUGAUGUUGUUUUCUAAGGAGUUUAGCAAUUAAAUUGGAUCCCACUUAUAAGAAAUAUGUGUUCUUGGAUCUUAGGACAGUAAAGCUUGAAUGCUACUGUUUGAUUUAGUGGGAAUUAAGAUUACAUGAUUCCAUUAUAUUCAAGUUAAGAAAGAAGCUUGAUUUUUGAACAUACUUGUACGACUGCUUUUUUGAUUCAGCUGGAGAAAUAGUCAAAACUAUUGAUUGAAUUUUGUUUACAAGUAGGUAAAUUAUACAUCUGUAUAUUUAAAGUGCUGUGAUAAUAUCUUAAAGUUUGGCUCAGUUUUCACUGAUUCAUCUUAUAUGAACUUCUUAAAAGAUAUUCCUAAGUAAUACUUGAUGAAAAGAUCUUUUGUUUAUAUUAAUGGGUUAGAAAAUGUGUUUACAGUCUUACAUGAUCACCAAUGAGAUAGCAACUUUCAAGUUUACAUCACUAUGAGCUGACUUGAGCUGAGGUGUUUGGGGCAGGGAAGAAGUGGGUCCUGCUGAAGUGCACAAUUGCUUGUAGCUGAGUCAGUGUGACUGUGUUCUAUAAAAUGUCGUCUCUUGUAAAGCAGUGUUAAGGUUGGGCUUCCGUGUACAAGUGGUGCACUGAGCCGGAAGUUUUCUUGAAAGAUGCUUUGUUUAUUGAGAAGCAAUUUUCAGAUGGUAGCAAAUUGAAAUAAAUUUUUAUUUUCCCCUCUUCUAAAGAGUCAUUGUAUCCUGAUGUUUUUCAAAAUAACCCAAAUUUUCCUCAAACUAAUUUUAAAUGAUAUUUGUGGGUCCUUUCUUAGCAGUUUUAAAGAAUCUUCUAGAGGGAGAUGUGUGUGCUUUUAAGGAUAACCUUCCUUGUGCCUCACGACGUCCCUAAGUGGGUAUGACUUGUUAUUGCUACUUGCAUUGCUAGCAUAAUUCACAAAAUUACUUUGGAAAUUUAUUUUAGAUAUUAUGUAACAUGUGCAAUCCAGAAUAAUUUUUUAUAACAGGUCAUAAAAAAACAUACUUUUAGUUAGGAUUCACAAUAUUUGUUCUCCAAUUAAUGAGAGAACCAGUGAGUCUCUUGGAUAUUGAUAUAAAGCAAUUAUUUUUUGCAAUAUUGAAUGUGUUUUUUAGUUUGAUUUUUUUCUUUCCAGUAGGGCACUACUUUCCAUCAACUUAUUACUUUUUGAUGUAAAGCAACUAAUAUUUACACUAUGCCAUAUUUUUUUUAUUGUAGUUGUAAAUUAUGAAAGAUCUUUGAAUUUUCUACAGAUCUACAACUACUAAUGUGACAGACAAGGGCAAUCUUGGUAUUUAAAUCUGAGCAUGGCAGUUCUACCAUAAAAAGUACUAUAUUUUUCUAAUUUCUAGAAUUUUUAAAAUGACAUUUCUGUAAGUGACAUACUAAUAUUCACUUGAGCAGUACUGUUUAUUUCAGUUUGCAUAUAUUUUCAUUGUUUUCAAUUUAAUGUAAUGUAUUGAGUCUAAUAGACUGUUUUGCAAUAAUUAGAAUAAAAGAUUUCUUCUAAUCAAAGAUGCAUAACAGCUAUUAUCUAGGGGACCACCAAAUGUGAUUUUAAGAUUUUGUUAACUCUAAUCCUUACAUAGAAGUUUUAAUUUUGUAAAGUAGUGUACAAUAUUGUAACAUUAAAUUCUCGUUCUCAGAUUUGAAUAUGUAUUGAUCUUCCAUGUGCUGUGUUAAGUCUUGCCUCUCGGAAAUGUUAGACAAGAUUUGUCUUCCUUUUUACAGUUUGUAAUUUUCACUGUUUUAUUCCUGUAAAAAAAAAAAAAAGUCAUUUGUAACCCAUGCAAACAAUCGUUUGAUCUGUGCUAACUUAUCGGUUUGGCUAUUCAAUAAAGUUAAUUGAGAGAGCUUACA